UUCCUUUUUUUUUUUUGUUUCCUGUGGUCCCUGUAACUCGAGUUCCCGGAGGAGGAAAACGAGCGGAGGGAACUCACUCCCCACCCCCCCACAACCCUCCUCCUCUUCCCCAACUCGCGAUCUCCUCCUCCGAUCUCAUGGACGCGUCGAUCGAUCCCCGCGGAGGCGGUGGCGGCGGCGGCAGCUCCUAGAUCCCCCCCUCCUCUCCAAAAUCGCCUUUUCGGGGCUUCGGGCGCAUCAGAUCCGUGUUUUCCCGUGGAUUCGAGGAAAACGGGAGGGAUUAGGGUCCGUCGCCGUUGCUGAUGCGUAGAUCGGUAAUCUCAUCUUGUUGAUCUCUCUGCUGUUGAUGUUCUUAUAAAGGGUUUAGAAAACGCCCAAUUUUAGAUCUCCGAGGCGAUCUACGUAUCAUCGGCUAUUUCCCCGAUCGUGCAAGGAGAAUGUGGAUUUCGUAUUAGAGUAGGGUUCCACCCGGUUCGUCCACAAUGUGGAAGCAGAUCCUCGGGAAAUUGCCGAGGAAAUCCUCAAAAUCCGAAAUUGCUCCAAAUUCCCCGCCGCCGAAUCCCGGAAACAAUAAUAGCUCUUGUUGGAAUCCGAUCCAACAAACGGCAAAUGGGAAUGGGCACGCGGGCAAAGCAGUUAUUGGUGUUGAGCCUCAUACUCCAUUUAAAGAUGUUUCAAACACUGAAAAGCAGGCCCUUUUCAUAAACAAGUUGGAUCUGUGUUGCGUCGUUCUCGACUUCUCCGACCGGAACAAGGACGACGCAGAGAAGGACGCAAAGCGACAGGCUUUAAUUGAGCUCUUUGAGUACUUGAGCACGGAGAAUCCCCAGUUUACUGAGCCGAUGAUUGCUGCGAUCUGUAGGAUGUUUGCCGCCAACUUGUUUAGAGUUUUCCCCCCGAAUUGUCGGUCUAUUGUGUCCGGUGGUGGUGAGGGCGAGGAAGAUGAGCCGGUUUUCGACCCUGCAUGGUAUCAUUUGCAGGUCAUCUACGAUCUACUUCUUAGAUUCGUAACUUCCUCAUCUGUUGAUGUCAAAAUUGCGAAGAAAUACGUGGAUAGUUUAUUUAUCCUGAGAUUUCUCGAGCUCUUUGAUUCGGAGGAUCCUAGAGAACGGGACUCCGCGAAAACAAUCUUGCAUAGGAUAUAUGGGAAAUUCAUGGUUCACCGGCAUUUCAUCCGUAAAGCAGUGAGCAAUAUUUUCUAUAGGUUUGUGUUUGAAACGGAACGUCAUAAUGGGAUUGCCGAACUAUUAGAGGUUUUCGGGAGUGUGAUUAGUGGAUUUGCUCAACCACUUAAAGAGGAGCAUAAGAUCUUUCUUGUGAAAGCACUGAUUCCUCUUCAUAAGCCGAAAAAGGUCGGAGUUUAUCUCCCUCAGUUAACAUACUGCAUUACUCAGUUCAUAGCGAAAGAGCCAAAGCUGUCGAGUAAUGUGAUCAGGGGCUUGUUAAAGUAUUGGCCAGUGACUAACAGUCAGAAGGAGAUGAUGUUCUUAGGGGAGUUGGAGGAAGUUCUUGAAGCAACAAACAUGGUAGAAUUCCAGAAAUGCAUGGUUCCUUUGUUUCGACGUAUCAGUCAUUGCCUUAAUAGCUCUCAUUUCCAGGUUGCGGAGAGGGCCCUAUUCUUGUGCAACAAUGAGCACUUGAUAAAUCUAAUUUCACAAAACCGGCAAGUUAUCCUGCCCCUCAUUUACCCGGCAUUGGAGAGGAACACCAGGUGGCACUGGAACCAGUCAGUUCUGAAUGUCACCAAGAAUGUGCGCAAAAUGUUCAUCGAAAUGGACGAGAGCCUUCUUUUGGCUUGUCAGAGCAACUUCCAAGAGGAAGAGGAGAAGAGAGCUGCAUCUGAAGAGCGACGAAGGCGUAUCUGGGAGCGGCUUGAGAGCACAGCCGCUUUUCAGCCGGUGACUGGAGAUGCGGGAUUUAUUGUACCACCGAUGACAGCUCCUCUCGUAGCUCCCACUUCAACAUAGCUGAGGUGUGGUAUUUCCUUACCAGGGAGGGAAUUGGAGUCCUCCACAAGUGGGUAAAGACAUAGAAUACCAACUGUUUGUUGCCGCGUACGUUGAGAACUUGUUAAACAUCUACAUCAAUGAAUUAGGUUCUCGUACGUCCAGGUGGAGCUUCAUAGCAUUAUUAAGUGCUUUCUAUUUUUCUAAGCUAGCUGCGCGAAAAGCACUAUCGAAUCUGCAUUAAGAAAGCGCUAUAAUUUCCCAUCACAAACACAAACGAAUCAGAGUAGAAGCUUCAAAAGAAAGCCCCAGAUAAGAUCAUUUUGGCUAUUCCCCCGUACCAAGCAUUCAACUUUUGCCUCUCCAGUAGAGAAUUUGUUCUAGAAUCUGAGCCAAACAUGCACACUUUAUGAGAAAGGCGCGACCGCACUUCCUCUUUUGUAGCUUUUUGCAUGGUCAAUAGAGCUUCAAUAUCAUCAAUUAGGACAAA